AGAACUACAACUCCCAGCUCGACGCGGUCUCUGCUGUUGCAAUGGUGGUUCCGGGGGGACAUUGAAUGACUUUGGCUCCACACCGAUAAAGAGUCUCUUUAGAACCAAUUAGACAGCGAGCAUGGAGGCUCUCAUCCCGGUGAUAAACAAGCUGCAGGACGUGUUCAACACGGUGGGCGCAGAUAUCAUCCAGCUGCCGCAGAUCGCUGUGGUGGGGACUCAGAGCAGUGGGAAGAGCUCUGUGCUGGAGAGCCUGGUGGGCAGGGACCUGCUGCCCCGUGGGACCGGCAUCGUAACCAGGCGACCCCUCAUCCUUCAGCUGGUCAACGUGGAUCCUGCAGACGGACGGAAAAACGAGGAUGGAGGUAGAGAUGUAGAGGAGUGGGGGAAGUUUCUGCACACUAAAAAUAAGAUCUACGCAGAUUUUGAUGAAAUCCGGCAGGAAAUUGAGAGCGAAACGGAGCGAGUAUCUGGGACUAAUAAGGGAAUCAGCGACGAUCCCAUUCACCUGAAGAUCUUCUCCCCUCAUGUUGUCAACCUCACGCUGGUGGAUCUGCCCGGAAUCACCAAGGUGCCUGUGGGCGACCAGCCCAAAGACAUCGAGGUCCAGAUAAGAGAUCUGAUCCUUAAGCACAUCUCCAACCCUAACUGUAUCAUCCUGGCAGUCACGGCGGCCAACACAGACAUGGCCACCUCGGAAGCCCUUAAGGUGGCCCGGGAGGUGGAUCCAGACGGCAGGAGAACGCUAGCUGUGGUGACCAAGUUGGACCUGAUGGACGCCGGCACCGACGCUAUGGACGUCCUGAUGGGCAGAGUCAUCCCCGUCAAACUGGGCAUAAUAGGAGUCGUGAACAGGAGUCAGCUGGACAUCAACAACAAGAAGUUGGUGGCCGACGCCAUCCGCGACGAGCACGCCUUCCUGCAGAAGAAGUACCCGUCCAUGGCCAACAGAAACGGCACCAAGUACCUGGCCCGGACCCUGAACAGGCUACUGAUGCAUCACAUCCGAGACUGCCUCCCAGAGCUGAAGACACGGAUCAACGUCCUGGCAGCCCAGUACCAGUCCCUGCUCAGCAGCUACGGCGAGCCUGUGGAGGACCAGAGCGCCACCUUGCUGCAGCUCAUCACCAAGUUCGCCACAGAGUACUGCAACACCAUCGAGGGCACGGCCAAAUACAUCGAGACGGCAGAGCUGUGCGGCGGAGCCAGAAUCUGCUACAUAUUCCACGAGACGUUCGGCCGAACGCUGGAGUCAGUGGAUCCUCUGGGAGGCCUCAGCACCAUCGACAUCCUAACAGCCAUCCGGAACGCAACGGGCCCGCGCCCGUCCCUGUUCGUGCCCGAGAUCUCCUUCGAGCUGCUGGUGAAGAAGCAGGUGAAGCGCUUGGAGGAGCCCAGCCUGCGCUGCGUGGAGCUCGUCCACGAGGAGAUGCAGAGGAUCAUCCAGCACUGCAGCAACUACAGCACGCAGGAGCUGCAGAGGUUCCCCAAGCUGCACGAGGCCAUUGUGGAGGUGGUCACCUCGCUCCUGAGGAAGAGGCUGCCCAUCACCAACGAGAUGGUUCACAACCUGGUUGCGAUCGAGCUCGCCUACAUCAACACCAAGCAUCCAGACUUUGCAGACGCCUGCGGAGUCCUGAAUAACAACAUAGAGGAGCAGAGGAGAAACCGGAUGAGGGAGCUGCCUGCUGCCGUGCCGAGGGACAAGUCUGUUGGCAAAGGCCCGGCGGGCCCAGCUGCGGUUUCUGGCGAGCCCUCUGCGUCUGGAGCAGACCCGGACGGUGCCAAGGCGCCGGCUGCGGGGCCUCAGGGGGAUCAGGACGGCACCGGCAACUGGAGGGGGAUGCUGAAGAAGGGAGAGGAAGCGGCAGGCUCAGGACCAGGAAGUCCCCUCAGAGGAGUUGUCAACUUGCUUGACGUGCCUGUCCCGGUUGCCAGGAAGCUGUCGUCACGGGAGCAGAGGGACUGCGAGGUCAUCGAGCGCCUCAUCAAGUCGUACUUCCUCAUCGUCCGGAAGAACAUCCAGGACAGCGUCCCGAAGGCGGUGAUGCACUUCCUGGUGAACCACGUGAAGGACAGCCUCCAGAGCGAGCUCGUCGGACAGCUGUACAAAUCGGGCCUGCUCAAUGAACUGCUGACAGAGUCUGAGGACAUGGCCCAGCGGCGCAAGGAGGCCGCCGACAUGCUGCAGGCGUUACAGCGGGCCAGUCAGGUGAUUGCCGAGAUCAGGGAAACGCAUCUUUGGUGAA